AUGGCUAUCGAUACUUCUGUAUGGUACAAGCCGCUGAUCGGGCCGCGGCUAAAGGCCCCUACGAGAUAUGUUUUCGAAAAAUGGAGUGGGCGCGAUAAAGCUUGGCCAUUGGGCGAGUACCCAUGCGUGGGCGAAUGGAUAUUUCUCCUUCCCAGCAUAUCAGCCUUCAAACAAUUUCCCGAGAUUGUACAUCGCGCAAAGGAGGGUGCAACAAUCCUUGAUGUCGGCUGUUGCUUUGGACAGGACCUGAGACGUCUUGCUGCAUAUGGCGCACCUACGGAGUCCAUGUACGCUCUUGAUAUCAACUCCUCAUUAUGGGACCUGGGCUACGAGCUAUUCAAGGACGCAGACCGAAUGAAAGCUACGUUUCUUGAGGCAGAUUUCCUCCAAGAGAAUUCCGCAUUGUCCUGUUUAGAUGGAAAGACUGAUAUCAUUAUUGCCUGUCAAUUCCUACAUCUGUUCGGCUGGGAAGACCAGAUUAAGGCUACAAAGCGAGUAGUGACUCUCUCGAGACCGGGAACGAUGCUCAUCGGAUAUCAACAGGCAAGGUUAAUGGCAAGGGAAUAUAUUAGGCCUUGGGGAAUGAUGUUUUAUCAUAACAUUGAGACAUUUCGGGAGAUGUGGGAAAUCGUGCAGCGGGAGACAGGGACGCGCUGGAACGUGACCGCAAACCUCGUUGAUUUGCACGAAUGGGGCAUGGAAGACGAGGAUGUAGAGUGGAUGCCCCAGGACAGGAUGGGAAUCAAUUUCAUUGCUACAAGAGAGAAAUAG